GAUCCAUUCACAUUAAUUCCUCAACUCUCUUUCUCUCUCUAUAUAUUUCCAGUGCUGCAUGUUUGUUUUACCCACAGAGUACCAGUCCUUUUUAGAUCAACCCCCCUUCACUACACAUCUCUCUCUCUCUCUCUCUCUCUCUCUCUCUGAGAAUGAUUCGAUUGGUAUCGCGUACCGGAAGGCAUUUGCAGAGAUAUAGCAAAGGCCUUCGCCUCGUUGUAGGGUGCAUUCCAUAUAGGUGUAAAGACAAUGAACUAGAAGUUCUUAUGAUCAGUUCGCAAAAUGGUCAAGCAAUGUUGUUCCCCAAGGGUGGUUGGGAACUUGAUGAAUCUAUCAAAGAAGCGGCUUUGCGAGAGACCCUUGAAGAAGCCGGGGUUGUUGGCAAUAUUGACGAGGAUGAAUUGGGUAAAUGGAGUUUUAAGAGCAAAAGCCGUGGGAUAUAUAAUGAAGGUAGAAUGUUCGCUUUGCUUGUAACGGAACAACUUGAACUAUGGCCGGAGAAAAAUUUCCGUCAAAGACUAUGGAUGAAGGUGGGUGAUGCUAGAGAGGUUUGCCAGAAUUGGUGGAUGAAGGAAGCCUUGGACAUCUUAGUUGAUCGCCUCACAUCCCAGCCGGCGCCGCUGCCCACGGAGGAAUGCACCUAGUGACCGACCUAGUGAUUAGUCUAAUUAAUACUAGUAAGCAUCAAUCGCACCUUUGUACAUAGAAGGAACUUCCCACAACCGUAGGAUUUGAUGUCCUUGUAUUUUCUUAAGAUUAGCUGAUCGAUCAAAGGACUGUUUAAUUAUAUGACGAAAACCGUAAGAUCGAUCAUGUCCUUGUAUCUUCAUGCCCCGGAAUUUGAAGAAAUCCAACCGUAAAGUGUACUGUAUUUCACUAUUUUGUUUGAGAAUUAUGGGGGUGUUUCUUUCA